AUGUUAACGAAACAACUACAUCUGGCUGAGUCACAAAUGCGAAAGAUGCAAAUUGUUUUGACAAAAGCCGAGGAGGGAUUGCGAACUAAAGAUCAAGAAAUCGGUCGCUUAAAGCGGAAGAUCAAAGAAUGGGAAGCAAAGUACAAAAAUCAGGAGCUCUUGCGGAAAAAAGAGCAACGGACUCAGGCUAACAAUUCCGAAUAUUUCUAUCAACGAUGUCUGACAUUAGAACACAAGAUCGCCGAAAUGGAGAAAUUUUUGGCUGAUUAUGGAAUGACGUGGGUGGGUGAUACGAAAAACGCGAUGAACAUAGACGGCGAUAGCAAUAAUUAUCUCGAUGCCUGUUAUGAUCAGUUAGUUGCGAAUAUCGAUCAGUUGAAUCUAGCCGCGGGAAAGGGCGAAGUUCACAUUCACCAUAACGAAAAAGGAGGAGGAGCAACUUUUAAAACUCCUUCCUGCAUGAUGUUAAAAUUUUACAAGAACGGUAUGAUCGUGAAAGAAGGACCAUUACGAUCUUACGAUGAUCCGACUGCAAGCUCGUUUAUUCGUGAUAUUCUGGAUGGAUAUUUUCCUUCUGAAUUGCAACAAGGAUAUCCUGAUGGAGUACCCUUCAUAGCGACACUGCUAGCUUUCCUGGUCAAGGAUAUCGGUUGGGAAAACAAUCUGCAGUAG